AUGACAACAAGUGAAAGUGGACCUACCAACGGAGGAAAUGGAAUUCAUGUGUCUAAAGUCACACUUGAAGAAAUGAGGGCAAGGCUAGAUACUUUCCGAAGUGACCCUAUAUUCGAAGAAACGCCUGUAAAUAUUAAUGAAAAUCAGGUGGAUAUAAUGAAGCUGAUGGUGGAAUUCUCACAAGGAAACCGACCAAGGGCCAAGACAGAGCAGGAAGAAUGCUCCAACAUGUUCAAAAGGUUUUCUGCUCAUAAGCCGCCUACUUAUGAUGGAAAACCAUACCCCACCAAGUUCAAGGAAUGGUUGAACGACAUGGAGAAACUCUUUGAUGCCACUCAGUGCCCAAACAAGUGGAAAAAAACUGCUAAAGAAAUACGGAAUCAGCCUGGAUAUGGAUGGGAAGGCCUAAAGGAGGCUAUGAGAAACCAGUUUUACCCCCAGUCUCUGCAGCUCCAGAUGGAAUAUGAGUUUAUCCAUCUGAGGAUGAAUCAAUUUAAAAGAGGUUUGAAUCUAGAUCUUCAAGAAAGGCUUGCUGCAAACAUGAGUAAGUCUUAUCAAGAGUUAUAUGACCGGGCUAUCAAUGUUGAAAGGAAAAUGAAGCUGCAUAAGGACGUGUAUGAGGCUGGAAAAAGAAAAGGGAAAUCUCAUGAUGACCACUUCAGCAACAACUUCAACAAAAAGCCGAACACGAGAUACUCGGGAAAUAAUCAGAAGCAAAUUCCUCGAUGCAACAAUUGCGGAAGACAAGGCCACAUGGCAAAUGAAUGUCGUAGGGGAAGUGAUCAAUGUUAUCGUUGUGGUAAACCAUGUCAUGUGAUUAAGAAUUAUCCAGUUCCAGAUUAG